GCGCACCCCCGCAAGCUGACAGCCACUCCGACGGUAGACUGAGUCGAGGGCAGCCGCGGCCGAGCCCCGCUUAGCCAAGCAAACCGGCCUCUGAGGCCAGGAGCCUAGCGCUUCACUCAGCCAACGCAACCAACGCGGUUCCACCACCAGGCUCCCCGGUUUAAAGAGAUGGAAAUCGUGCCCGAGGGGAAAAACUUCCGAUUGGUAAAAGAAGACGAGCUCCCAGCGUUGGCUGAUUUAUUGGUGCAAUAUAUGCCUGAAUCACUAAAGUUUCAUCAAACGAUUCAAACAUAUCUAAACAACAAGGUUUGGGACUUCCAUUUUUAUGUAGCGAAGAACUGGCCGGAGGAUCCGAUUUGUCUUCACUUCCCGGGAUGUACCAGUACGCCGAACAGUCUCACAUAUGAGAGCGUGACGGUGUUCUGUCCCUCCGACCGCGCGGAACUAGUCGACCUGUUGACUUCUGAGGACAUCCUCUUGGACCUCACCAAGCCGCUCUACCUGAACUUCACACAUGAGGCGAUCGUGAAUCGCUUCGAGAAGCGCUAUGAGGCUCAUGACAAGAUCACCGGCGACGUAUAUGUAUGCGACAACCCGCCGGAAGACACCAGCGCUGAUGACCUGCCACCGGACGUGGAGCUAGUUCGCUUGCAGCCGGAGCACAUGAAAGCGGUCCACGAUUUGUAUCCAGCGAGCGACAUCGAGUGUUGCGAGGUCUUUGAGAAGCUGGUUGCAGAGCUACCCGCGUACGGCAUCUUCGUGGAGGGCAAGCUGGCUGCCUGGAUGGUGCAGUCGUACUACGGAGCCAUGUUCUCUAUGCAAACGAGACCAGAGUUUCGGAGGAAAGGCUACGGCAUAUACCUCGCUCGGCGUCUUACCAAGGAGGUUGCGGCUCGCGGCUACAAGCCCUUCGUAGUCAUUCGUCCGGAAAAUGACGCAUCUCGCUCUCUCUACUCGAAGCUCGGCUUCGAGAAACGUUUCCGAACUGUGCGCGCCGUUUUGCGCCCCCGCUGAAUCAACGUUGAUCUUUAGCAGAUUUUAUUUUUUUAAGACUUUUGAAAAAAAAAUCAAUUUAGCUUGCGAUCUUUGAUCGUUUAGAGUUUUAGUAGUAGCUUAAGAUCAGAGCGGCUAGUGUUCUCGUUCUUCGCAAUUACAAAUCUGCGUCACGUUUCACGUAAAAUGUAUUUAUUCACUCAUAAGGCAUACUAAUAAUGAUAAUUAUGUACAUAAGCUCCCUGCAAUAUUUCGAAUUUUUAGCGAAAAGAGCGAGAGCCACGGCCGAUGCGUCCUUUGCCAGCUUAGAUUCUGGUCUUGAUAGAACUAACAUGUCAAGAAUAAUUGAAAGUAAUUCUAUCAGUGUCAUUCUGCCGUUGAAACAUUUGUAUAAAAAUAUAUAGUCAUCCCUCUCAAACUCUUUGACAAAAUAGAGAUGACAAUAUAUUUCGUAGAGAUGUUUCGCCUGUUGAAACUCAUUGUCUGUUCCUCAUUUACUUGACACUGUUGGCUGUCUGUCGUUUGGAUGAUCUCAUUAAAUCUCAUGAAGCAAGCAGAAUCGUGUCUGACUGUUCGGAACACUGGGACCUGUUAUGAUCUCAUUUAAGCAUAUAAAACGGAUGGUUACCUUUAUUGCAUUUAACUUGCACAAUUAAUCAGACACUAAAAAUCUAUCAGCACUUAAUCUGACGCAAUAGCAAUUUUAUAAAAUAUCAUGCGAAUAAAUUACGUUUGUACGUUUUUUAGGAUUUCUUAAGAAUUUUUACUUUGGGUAUGAAAAAGGAAACGGUAAUAGUGUUAUUAAUGAUUUUGUAUUUUUUUUUGUGCAAGUGAUGUCCAAAUACUUAAGCGUGUAGUCACUUCGUUAUUUUAAUUAAUGUAGAAAAUCUAUGUAUUCUAUUUAUAUGUGAUUUGCUAUUUAGGAAUGAAAAGAUGUAUACGAACUGAAAACUAUUAUGAAUAUAAUUAACUUUGAACAGAUGUAGAAAGUUUUAAUGUCGAAAGUCAUUUAAGAAAUGUAAAAAUACAUAAGCAGUUUUCAGUUUAUAUAAGCUUUUCCGUAUACUCGGUUUUAUAUGAAUAUUGUUGGAUAUUGAAAACCAUAUAAAAUUUGAUACGAAACGUAGAUAGGUAGGUAUUUUAAUAUGGUAAUCUAUUUUACAAUUAUAUAUCAAAUUAUAGAGAUAUUAUUGGAAUGUAUGCUGAUCGUGUUAUGAAAGGAAGAUGGCUUUAUUUAUUAGUUUCAUAUUUUUAAUUGUAACGAUUAUUACUUUAUAUUGUUUCAUAAACUUAUAUACUGUACCUUAUAAUAUAAAUAGUGCAAAGCUAAGAUAUUUAAAUCAACGGAUAAAUGUGCGAUUUUGUCACUAGAGUUGUAGAUAAACUGAUCUACUGGAAAAAAAUGUGGGGUGUCGAAUUAUGAGGUCAACAAAAAAGGAAAAAUGUUAUCAAAACUGCCAAGAUCAAUGUAUUUACGAUAAUAUUUAUUUCAUAGUUCCAUUAUCUUUACAAUUAACGUAUCACCGAAACUAUUGCGAUCGUAAAUUUUCUAUAUUUUAAUAAAGCUUCGCUCUAUUAAUACCCUAGAAUAAAAACAAUACAGUCAUAAAAUACAUGUAAUUUUUUCACGUAAAUAAACAAAAAAUUAAGCACAUGUUUAAUCGUCAGGUCACGGCUGCCAAUUUUUUUUUUCCUUAGAUUUUUUACUUUGACUCUCACUUUAUUAUUCGAAAUCAAAAUUUGCUCAAUGCAUAGAGCUUCCAAAAUAUUUGUUUAAGUUGUAGCGUCCCAGCUAAUUUUAAGCGUUAUGCCAAAUUUUUUUGUAAAAUUUAUUGUGUUUGUGCUUUUCAUUUUUAAUACUCCCUCUGCGGAUAUAAAAAUAACGCAAUGUUCCAUGACUUAUAUUUACACAUCUGGUUGCAUUUUGUAUAAAACAAUGGACAAAAGUAGCACUUGUUAAAAUAAGAAAAAAAAUUAACAUCAUUGAAGACAUCAUGUUGUAUUCCAACAAAUUGUUAAUUCAACAAUAAAAUCUCAUUAACACAUCUAAUCAUGCUAAAAGCUUUUCCACUUGCCUACUUUUUAAGUAGGUAUUUUCAAAUAAGUAGUUUGAAGAUUUCUUGAAAUUGUAAUUAUAAGAACAUUUUCUGAACAUUUCUCUCUUGCCUAACAAAUAAUUGAAAAGGACAAAUUUCCGUCCUCGAUUGCAGUUGACGCAGUGUAAUGCAACACGAUUUAAUCAAGAUGUAUUUCUACAGCUACAUACAUAAACAAUGUAGUGUCAAUCAUGUAUUGUUUAUUAU